CUCAGUCUGUGCCCUUCGUGCCCCCAGCUGGGUGCGCGCUGUGUGCUGCCACGUGUGUUUUCGAGCGCCGUGAGCGUCAUGGAGCACCCGAAAGAGCACCUACGUGUAGUGAUCCUUACGAGACGGCCCGUGUCGGCGGACGACGCUUAGCAUUUGCGGCAUCGGUACGGAGUUUGAUGGGCCUCGAGUGCGGCCGACGGCGGCGAUGGCAUCCAUCUUUUCGCGGAGACGACGGCCCAGCCUCAUCCGACUGGUCUCCCUACUUUGCAUUGCGGGCGUCACACUCCUUCUUCUGCGCGGUCGACCGGGCUCCGACGUUCGGUCCGACCUCGACACGUCGCCGCCGAAGGCACAGCGGCAGUCCGCCGCCGACGGAAGUGGAUCCAGCGGCCGUCUAGCCCCAGCGAAGUGGCAACCACCGCAGGGUAGCCCCGUGCUCGAGAAUGUGUUCGAUCCCGACGAAGCGGCGUUUUUCGCCAAGUUCAAGCCCGACUGGGGUGCGGAGGGACUGGGCGUUUACCUCAAGGGCGAGGAAAAGAAGCAGGCCGACAUCGAAUUCAAGAGGGCCGGGUUCAACGCUUACAUCUCCGAUCGGGUUCCGCUCAACAGAAGUCUCGGAAAUCGACGUAAUCCCAGUUGCGAGCGCCUCAGGUUCGACGACAAGGACCUCCCAUCCGCUUCGGUGAUCAUAAUCUUCACGGAUGAGAUCUUCUCGGCGCUUCUACGAACGGUGUACAGCGUCGUGAACCGGACGCCGGCCAAGUUGCUUAGGGAGGUGAUCCUUGUCGACGAUGCAAGCAGCAUAGAGGAGUUGGCCAAUCAGCGACUUGACAAGUACCUCCGACGGCACUUCAGGCCUGGCCUGGUCAAGCUUAUUCGCCUGCCACAGCGACAGGGCCUGAUACGAGCACGGCUAACUGGGGCACAGGCUGCCUCAGGAGAUGUCUUGGUUUUCCUAGACUCUCACUGCGAGGCGACGGACUACUGGCUGGAGCCCCUCCUGCAGCCGAUCCGGGAGGACCGCACCACGGUGGUGUGCCCCAUCAUUGACGUGGUGGACGACAAGAGCCUGCAGUACAUGGGCAACGGAGCAGACUACUUCCAAAUCGGGGGCUUCAACUGGAAGGGGGAGUUUGUGUGGAUCAACUUGCCCUCGGGGUGGAAGGUGGCCCGCAAGACCAAGGCAGACCCCGUCAACACGCCGACUAUGGCGGGCGGGCUGUUUGCCAUUGACCGCAAGUACUUCUGGGAGAGCGGCUCCUACGACAACGAGAUGGAGGGCUGGGGCGGCGAGAACCUCGAGAUGUCCUUCAGGAUUUGGAUGUGUGGCGGGAAGCUGGUGAUAGCACCCUGCUCUCAUGUGGGGCACAUCUUCCGCGACUAUCACCCGUACAAGUUCCCCAACAACAAGGACACGCAUGGCAUCAACACCGUGCGCCUUGCCGAGGUCUGGAUGGACGGCUACAAGAACUAUUUCUACCAGAACCGUCCCGAACUCAAGAAAACUAACUACGGGGACAUCUCAAAGCGCAAGGCCCUUCGGAAGAGCUUGGGCUGCAAGAGCUUCAAGUGGUACCUGGACAACGUGUACCCAGACAAAUUCGUUCCAAAUGAGAAGGUGCAUGCCUUUGGAAACGUGAAGAAUGCCUGGACUGGCAUGUGCUUGGAUUCCAUGAGCCAUAACUACGACAACGUGGAACCACUGGGACUGUACCCGUGUCACAAGGAGGACAAUGUCGGCGGCAACCAGCUCGUGUCUUACACCUGGAAAGGAGAGCUUCGCAAGGAGGACAGUUGCGCCCAGUUGGGUGCCGAGGAGCAUUCGGAGUCCGGGACCCGCCGCAAAGUAAUGAUGGCGCCGUGUGGAGAGGACAGGCCGGAUCCCGGCCAAGUGUGGGACCACAGUGCGGGGGGCACCAUUGUCAACCGCCAGACGGGACUGUGCCUCGAGUCUGCCUCUUCGGAGCAGGAUGCUGCGUAUGUGCGGACCUGCACCAAGGGUCACAACCAAGUCUGGUGGUUCCAGCACUACGCCAAUCCCAAAGUGAAAGUGGAGCGUAGCAUUUGAGGUUCCCUCCGCAAACCGGUCUCGCCGAGUACGUCGGGACGGCCGUGGUUGCCUUCUGCGCUAAAGUACAAGUUUGGGACUUUUACACUGGGAGAGGGACAACUACCUGGUUAACGUUUAUCGGCUCUUAUGUGAGAAGCAUGGCCAGGAAAAGUUUCCCGUUAAUUCCGGUCAUGCCUCUCAGAUAUGAGGAGAACCGAAAGACCAUCUUGCCUUCCGUAAUACCUUCUGUUACUUAAGAAGGGGGUAAAUUUUUUUUAUUAAUGCAGACAGCAUUUGUUGUAAACUUUGGGAACACCAAGGAGACAUUUCUUUGGGCGGUUUUCAAAAGUGGGGCAUUCCAAGAGACUGGAGUGAUUCUCUGCUGACGAGGGUGCGAACUAGCCCCGAUUACAAAGGCUUCGUUAAUGGGUGUGCAUAUGACAUACCUGGCAUUUGCUUGCAGAGUGCUUCUGUGUUGCAUGCGUGGAAUUGAAAGGGGUUGGCUGAGGCUUUUCAUACGAAAGUGCUUUUAGCAUGUCUUGCGGUGCUUUUACAACCUUGUUUUUGGCUGCUGGACUUACUCCCCAGCAGCCACACAAGGCGUCACAAAGGUGCUUGCGAUUGGGUUUGUUUUGAUGUCUCGAGUUCCUCUACCUUGGGCAUAGACGGGAAGAGAAUCUCGCAUACAGAAUCUGUUUCACUGCCUCAAUAUCGGUUCCGCAACUCUUGUACACGGCGUCACACUACAAGUUGUACUGCGUGGAAUCAUUUUUUUUUUUUAGUUAUUAUUCAGAGCUGUACAUAUCACUAUUUUCACAAUAAAGUAAUUUUUUUUUCUA